AUGUACGCCUACCGCCAGCACGCAUGCAUCCGUACAGAGAUGCCUGACAUGCCUGCAGUGACAACGGCAAGCGACCUCCGAUGCAGUCGUAGGAACACAGCCGUUUGCGUCACACCUCGCGUCUUCCACGUUUUGGCCGUCUUCUCCCACAGGAGUCUCUGCUUCUUCGACGACCGCAUAGAAGGAAUGCGCCAAAUUGUCAUGGAAGACCGAGUACAAGGUGACGACUGGCAGGUUCUCGUUGCUUUUCCGAGCCCGGGGGUUCCACUUGCCAUUCCCAAAGAGAAGGGCAAAACCGACUCUGACUGGCUAGCGUCGGAGAUCGAAUUUACCUGUUGCUGA